GGGCAGAGACUGGCAUGGCUGGCACCGUCCUGCCCGCGCCCGCGGGCACCGACCUGGGCUGGGGCCUCGAGGGGGCCCGAUGGCACCACAGCCGGGACUGGCCCCUCACCAGCAGUGGGGUGGGGCUGGAGAACCGGCCCCCACAGCCCUUCCCGCCCCCUGCUGCCCGCUCCACAGUCCAUGAGCCCCUGCCCCCUGGCGUGGAGCGGCCCCCACAGGAAGAGCUGAUCCGGCGCCUGGCGACCACCACGGGCCUCUGCCACGACGUGAAAACCCACGGAGGGGUCCUGGGGCAGCCCAGCUACCUCCUGCCCGCCCCGCUGUGGAGAGUCCACUGCAACAAGGAUCUCCGGGACAAGGCACACAGGGGGCUGGGGACCAGACGCCUGGGAUGGCUUUUGGGAUCUGCUCUAGGGUCCCCCGCCCGCUGUUGGGGGCAGGGAGAGGAAGGUUAUAGAUCAGGGCUGCAGCUCCGCGCCUGGCGGGUCCCGCUGACCCCGGGGGGCCAGCCCAGCGAGACCCGGCACCGGUUCUGCGGCUGGCCCAACCUGCCCCCCGAGCCCCACCACCACGCCGGCCCCCAGCCCUUCGCCCUGGCUGCCCACCACAGUGACGGCGCCUCCAAGUCCAUGGUGGCCAGCACCGAGAACAGGCCCCUGGCUGGAUCCGUCUUCUACGUCCGCGACGGGGCAGUUCUGAGCCGUCUGGACCCCUACGUCUCCGUCACCAGCCGGGACAUCCGUGCCUUCAGCCCGCAGGAGCUGCAGGGCCACGCCCGGAAAGACGCCCUCACCUACUGGCAGUUUGAGGGUUACCCAAAGGCCUGGGGGCACGGCCUCAAGGACCCCUCCCUGGGCAAGGAUGCGGUACCCCUCCUCCGACCCCCCAGCCUCCCACGCAACCCUGGCCUCUUGCCCAGCCCCACCCACCGUCCCCGCCUGCCAACGCUGGCCCCUGCUGUUCCACACCAGGGGGCGCUGAGCCUGGCACAGGAGUCCUAUGGGUCCCCCCGCUGCACCCCCAGCAGCCGGGGCCCCCCAGCCCGGCCCCCCACUGUCUGCCCCCCCGCAGCCAGGCCCCAGAUCCUGGCAGUGCCCCUGAUGUACCGCACGGAGUAUCAAUCUUAUGGGAGCAGCAAGCCUGGGCCUGUUUGAGGGGUCCCCCUCCAUACCCCCCCAUACUGUGCACCCCAACAUGCUACGAUACGUCACCCCGUGUUCUCUGGUCUGUCCUCCUUGGGAUGCAGGGGGCUCACUGAGGCCUGGUCCUUUCUCUGCCCCCCCGCCCGCUACCAGGACACCUGGGUUCUAUUUUUUGUGGGGGGGGGGGCUGCCACGCAUGAUUCUCAGAAGAGGACCCAGGUGUCCUGCCAGCUCCCCUCCCCCGUGCCCUUGGGGGGGAUUUGUCUGGGGGCACCACUCUUCAGGCCAGCAGGAUGCGGGGAUUUCUCACCUGGCAACGCAUCUGGCUCCAGCCCCCGGCUUCUGGGGGGAGCCCGGGUUGCCCUUGGCAAAGGAGACGUGAGUUGAGAGGGUGAAUGGCUCUGCCCCCUCCCCUCCCCAAGCCGGGAGAGAACCCAGGAGUCCUACAUCCCAGCCCCUUCCCCUCCCAGAGCUGGGAGAGAACCCAGGAGUCCUGGCUCCCAGCCUCCUGCUCUAACCACUAGACCCCCCUCUCCUCCCAGAGCCAGGAAGAGAACCCAAGUGUCCUGGCUGCCAACCCCCGCUCUAACCACUAGCCCCCACUCCCCUUCCAGAGCCAGGGAGGGAACCCAGGAGUCCUGGCUCCCAGCCCCCCUUGCUCUAACCACUAGUCCCCACUCCCCUCCCAGAGCCGGGGAGGGAACCCAGGAGUCCCCAGAGGCUGUGGCAGGCGAAGGGGCUGGCUGCUCGGACUCCGGGUUUGCCCUGGCAGACAGGCCGCGUGGGCCGAGCGCCCUAGUGACGUUGGCCUUGAAGUCGCCCCCUCCCUGUGCCGGGGGGGGUGGCCUUGGCUCCCCGCUGCGGCCAGCUGGAGUGGGGCGGGGGGACGGG